AUGAGUAAGGGGGUUGGUGGUUUGGGGGUAAGGAGAUUGCAGGAGUUUAAUAUUGCUCUUCUUGGUAAAUGGUGUUGGAGGUGUUUAGUGGAUAGGGAGGGCUUGUGGUUUAAGGUGUUGUCUUCUCGUUAUGGGGAGCAGAGAGGUCGGUUGAGGGAAGGUGGUGUAACGGGGUCAGCAUGGUGGAGGGAGAUAGUUAAAAUUCAAAAUGGAAUUGGUGUGGAGGGUGGUAGUUGGUUUGAAGAAAGUAUAUCCAAACGUUUAGGUAAUGGUUUUAAUACUUUCUUUUGGUCGGAUUGUUGGGUGGGGACGGUGUCGUUCAUGGAGAGAUUUAGGAGGUUGUAUGACUUAUCGAUUCAUAAGGAUUUGUCGGUGGGGGAGAUGCACGCUCUAGGGUGGGGUGAAGAUGGGGAGGCUUGGAGGUGGAGGCGUCGUUUGUUAGCUUGGGAGGAGGAGUUAGUGGUGGAGAUUAGGAAUUUGCUUACUAACGUUACUUUGCAGGAUACUCAACCAGAUGUCUGGCUUUGGCAACCUAAUAUUGGUGAUGGUUACACCGUUCGUGGUGUGUAUCAAAUGCUCAUGCGGCAGGAGGUGCACAACCACGACGUCGUUUCGGAUGCUCCUUGGCAUAAGAGUGUUCCUUUGAAAGUUUCUAUUUGCGCUUGGCGUCUUCUCCGCAAUAGAUGGCCAACAAAGGAUAAUUUGGUGCGGCGAGGUGUUAUUACUAAUGAUACCCAAUUAUGCGUUAGAGGAUGUGGAAAAAAUGAAACAAUUGAUCAUUUAAUUAUUCAUUGUCUUAUUUUUGGCGACUUAUGGCAACGAAUUAAAACUUGGAUUGGUGUGUUUUCUGUGGACCCCCAACAGGUUUUGGACCAUUAUUAUCAGUUUGUUUAUUCUUCAGGUUGUUAUAAUCCAAGAAGGUCUUUUCUUCAAUUGAUUUGGCUUUGUGGUAUUUGGGUUCUUUCGAAUGAAAGAAACCAAAGACUGUUUACUAACACAGCAAGAACAACAGUGCAAUUACUUGAGAAUGUUAAGAUUACAUCUCUCAAGUGGUUGAAAGCAAAAAAUGUGUGCUUUCCAUUUGGUUAUCAUAUGUGGUGGCAACGUCCCUUUGCUUGUUUGGGGAUUGGCUGA